CAAGCUCUUACUCCCGCGCAUCAAACCACCCGAUGCACAAAUCUCCAUGGCACACACACAUACAUAGUCACACACUCUCUACUGUCUAUCCAUCCAUCCAUCCAUGCACUCGUUUAUCGAAACACCACAUGAGAGAGCAGCCGGAUGAUCUCCAAAGCAGGGUGGGUGGAAACGUCCCGCUCGCCCGCAGCCCCACCAUAAGUCCAUCUGCUCAGCAGUCGGUGAAUGGCUGACAGCCACCGUAGGCCCUGCUCCCGCAACCAUCCCAUCAGCAGCAGCCAUUCUGCUCUGUCUCUCUGUGUUGGUCUCCUUGCUGUAUCUGCUGCAGGUGGGUCGAUUUGCCAGUGGUGCAGGGCUUUCGGUGUCCAUGUAUGCCACAUUCUGACGGGCCACGUCACUAGCUGCGGCAGCCACACGGGGAAGGGCAGCACGCGGGGCCACUGCACCGGAAAGCUAUACACACUGACCAGCACGCCAUCAACAAAGAGGCGCCUAGAGAAGGUGAGCGGCGCGUAGAGGCCGCUGUUUUGUUGAGACGAGCUAAUCGGUCGAACACGCAAGACACUCGCCAAUGACCAUGUUGACGUCUUAGCCACAUGGACGAUGAGAGAAUCGCCUGGCUGGACUUGCUGAGCCUCUGUUGCCCUCAGCCGCCGCCGCAGCAAUACAUAGACAUAAUGCUCGGGGGAGAGACGCAGUCUGCCGUCGUGGACAUUGCUGAUAUUGCCGUUCUGAGUCAGAUGUGAUGGUGGUGAGAGCGGGCGGUAAUGGAUAUCAAUCCACGCGGGGGGCAUGGCGUGAGGGGCCCUAGCGAAGACAAGGGUCUGUGUCUCUCUCGCGCAGGAUAUAUCCCUCCCUCCCUAUUGUUGACACUGACUGACCUGUGAAGGAAAGUGACGACCUGGUCGAAGAAAGGACUGCCUGACGAGGUCAUCGAUAGCACCAUGUCGCCUGCACACGAAAGGUGCACCAAAUGAGGAACACGCUUCACCGAGGUGUCUCUCUCUUCCAUUUAGCCCCCGCACCCUCUCUUAGUUCUUCCAUUGUCUUGGCCCCUUCAGGUGUCACGACGGUGCCGUCGCGUGGAAAGCACACAGUCAUCUUCUCUGCAAGUGGUAGAGUGAGACACACAGAACCAACGGGGUGAGGGGGCAACACACAUCCGUGCAGGUAGGUAGGUCACGCACGUCCCGUUCCAAGUAAGCACGAGGGCUGGAAUUUGAAGUCGUCUUCGUCCGGCUCGAUGUAGUAGAGAAAGGCCGACUCGACGAUGCAAUUUUGGGGGAACGCCGCACCCAGGACAGUGCCGGCGACGCUGCGCAGACAAAGCCGACACUAGGCAUAUAGAUGAGACAUGCCAUGGUCUGUUUGAUGCCCUCUUUCAGCCGUCACUCACUCACUUUCCUUCUUUGCCCAUCACGUCCUUCUUCUUCUCUUCGAAUUUCUGGUCGGCUUUCAUCAUCUUAUCCCACUUAUCCCCAAUCCCCCUCUCGUCCGCAUACUCCCCGGCUCCGCUCUCACUCUCCGCCGACGCUCGCUGCCUCUGCAAGAGAGACACCGGUGACACGGCGGCUGAAUCGGCAUUCCUUGCCGCCCAGUGGUCCUGCUGUGCCAACUCGAGCAGUGGCUGCACUUCGUGGCGUGCAGGGGGUGUCGGCUGCCGCCAUAUAGACUGGUGGUCGUAUGGAUGGGGGAUGGGGGGGUACAGGAGAGGCUGGCUGUCGAUGGGGUACAGCACGCCAAUCACCGCAGCCUUGAGCAGGCGCUGGAAGGUGAGACAUUUUCCCGCAUCGCUCUCCAGAGGCAGAUGCCAGAGCAUCUCCUCCUCACUCGCUGACUCGACAAAGGAAGCCGUGUGCGCUCUCCCCGUAUCGUUGUCAUGUCUUCUCUCCUGCAAUGCGGCGGUGCCGAUGAAUCGUCGAUAGAGGGGCUGCAGCUGGGGAAAAAGGCUAGAGAGAAGAGGCAGGGGCACGCGGGUCGUCCCCUCCUCGUCUGUCUGGUCAUCAUCCAGCUGGCCGAACAGCGGACAUCCCAUCACACAGAAUGACCUCGUCGCAUUGGAGGCCCUCUCGCUGCAGUCAGUGGCCGACAAACGGGACUCUUCGGUGGUCUCGUUGCGGGCGGCGCUGGUGUGUCUUUCUCUGCCGUCGGUGGUGUUGGUGCUGGUGCUGGUGCUGACUUCUGAGGCCUCCAGUCGCCCGCCGAUAAUUCCAUCUCGUCUCCUUUGCAGCUUGUGCACGCGCAGCGGGGACGGAGCAAGAGGAGAGAGGGAAAUCAAGAUGCCUCUUCGCAGCGUCCUGGCGACUCGCAGGGAGGCGAGGGCACGCCCCAGACAUGUGAGAAGCCAUAUCGCGGCCAGGGUGAAGAGGUGCAUGUUGAACGGUUUUCACUUCACAAUCUCGAUUGAGGUGGCAUUCGGAUUUUCGACUCCACUGAGAUACAGAUCUGAG